AUGUCUAACACAAGAUAUCCUGAUCACCAUUAUAGUGCAGUCCACAAGAUACCUAACCACCAUUACCACCACCACUACAACCUCAACCAAAGAAAUGAUUCUGAUGAUGAAAUCGAUGUCUUUGAAGCUACUAAGUAUUUUGCAGCAGGAGCCAGUAGUAUUCAUCAAAAAUCAAUGCUGAACAACAAUAAGAAUAAUAUCAGGAACCAAGAUGAUCAACCAGUAGGAAGGAGAUCAAGAAUUAGUUUAGACUCUAGUCCUUUUAGAAGUAACCAAAGCUUUUCAUCAUCACAGUCUCACCGUCAAAAACAGACCAAAGAUCAGAAGGCUUAUUUAAAUAAAAAUAAAAAUAAACAACCCGUUUCUCCAGGUGGGAAAUUAGUAAGUUUUUUAAAUUCUCUUUUCAACCAAGCUUCUUCGUCGAAGAAGAAGAAACCCACGACAUCAAGUAUCAAAGACGAAGACCAAGAAAGUCAUCGUGAAUUAGGUUAUGGCAGAAGGAAAAGAAGAAGUAGUAUAAGCCAUUUUCCAAGCUUCAAUAAUAACAGCAACAAAAUAACUACUUCUACAGCUGCUUCUAUUUCUGAUAUGAAAUCAUCACCAUUACUAUUAUAUUCUUCUUCCCUCACUAGUGGUUUUAGAACACCUCCUCCAUUCAGUACCAAAACAAAGAUGUAUCAGAAUUCAUCAUCAACAUCAGAUCUAGUUACAACCUCAAACCAAGAUUUUUUGUUUUCUAAUAACUUAUCAAAGCAUAGUGGAAGAGGUAGUUCUAUAUCAUUACAAGAUCAGAAGAUGAUUAAUAGAGAUAUGGAAACACUUGAUGUGCUUUAUGAAAAAUAUAAGAAAAUAAACUCCUUAUCAGAAAAACAACAUAGUAAAGAUAAAGAUGGGAAUAUGGUGAUGAGGAUAAGGAGGAAGAAGGAUAACGAUAAACAACACGAUCUUGAUAUGGAUGAUGAUAAUGGUGGAGAAAGUGAUUCAAGUUCAGAUUUAUUUGAAUUACAAAAUUAUGAUUUGUGUAGUGAAUAUUGUUCGGUAAGCGGUGUAAUUACCAGUUUAUGAAACUAUAAUACUUAAGACUUCAGUAGUAGGAUCCCAAUAAUCAUUGUUACCCUCUUGUUGAUUGUUUUUAUCAGAUUAAGUAAACAAGCUAGUGAAAUUCACAUGGGUUAUGUCAAGGGACGGAACCAAGAAUUAUGGUUGGGUAGGGCUAAACUAAUGCAAUUUUUUUCUUUAUUUCUUUCUUCUUGGUUCCAUGAGAUGUUGAAAGUUUGUACAAAAGAAGCUCUAAAGUAAUACC